UUUUUUUAUUACGUAAAAGAAUAAAGACCGACAGCUAACAGGAAGUCGCGCUUUUCGAAAGGACGGCCUUUUCGCGUUUACCAUUCGGGGAGCGAGGGCUGCUGCUGUCGCUGGGAGGAGAACAUGCCCUGUUAUAGGAAGGAAACAUACGAAGUUGCAAAGGGUUAUAUUGACCACUGCAUAGGAGUUCAAAGGGCACCUCCCAGCGAAACAGUCCAAAUAAUGUGCAGCCUUGCUAAAGAAAUGGAGAAGACCUACCAGCACAAGUUGAACUCCUUGCUGCAGAACUUUAUUUCCUGUUGUACCCCAGAUUAUGGUGUGAAGCUCAAGAGAGUAAUGGAAGAAAUGGUAGGAGAUGGGAUAUUAAACUGGGGCCGUAUUGUUAGCCUCUUCACCUUUACGGGAUUGCUGGCCCAGGAACUCCAUUCAAAAGGAGCUGGAACGGACUGCAGUAACAAGUUGGCAGAUACGAUUGCUGAUUACCUGGGGGUUGAAAAGGCAGAGUGGCUGGCUCAAAAUGGAGGCUGGGAUGGAUUUAGCAAGUAUUUCCAAAACUCCAAGGAUUCCCAUUCAGAUUCUUCCAUGAAGACGGCAUUGUUUGCAGCAGCUGGCUUUGGAAUUGCAGGCCUAGCCAUCCUCCUUGUGCGAUAGACCAGUUACUACUUCUACAUUCCCAUAAAAAAAAUAACUAUUUAGACCAUAUAUUUUAAAGGUAAAAAAAUAAAAAAAAUAUUUUGUACCUGUUUGUGUUUUUUGUUUUUCCCCCCUGCUUCCUUUUCUGCCCCAACUCCUGCUAAAACCUGUAAGACAGUGUUUGGCAACGAAUAAGGCAAUUAACAAAAAGACACUCAUUUCAAUAGAAGGGCUUGGAGUUAAAGAGCAGAAAAAAGUGCUGUAAUUUCACCAAAUGAUUUGAGACCUUGAAGCUGUAUGUUGGCAUUUUGGAUUAUCGGUAUGUUGUAUGAAUGGUAAGUGUAAUGAAAACAUAAUGUAGAAGGACAUUUCUGAGAUGCACUUUAAAAAAAAAAAAUGUACUUCAGCGACCUAAAGCUAUUCAUAAUCUCAAUUGAUAUUUGGACCAGAUCAUACUGUACUUCUUAACUCAAAAAACUUUAAAUAAAACCGCAAUCCCAUCCAACAGACUAACAGUUGAUCUUUUCUCUUUUGGGGGAAAAAAAAAUCUGACUGGGAGGUGACGGACUCGAUUUGCAAUGUUAUUCUGGUUAAUGUUUACCGCCAAACGCAAUACAAUAAGUUUUUAGUAGUAAAGUGGGUGGUCUUUUUAGGAGAGAAGGACAAACCUGUUGAAUUUUUACAAAGGAAAAGCGUUUUAAUUUUUUGAUACUGUAUUUAUUUUUAGUUUUGUGAUGCAGGAAAAAAAAUCCCAUUCCUCUUCAAAAUAUUUAUUUAUCUUUUCUCAGAAAUGUUAUUUUUCUUUCUUAAUAAAAUUAUUUUUUAACCAA